CACUUUCUUCCACUGGCAGACGAGUAAUUACUUCUAACAGCAACAAGAAAAAGACAGAGCUCUGAGAUGUCUUCACCCGAGUGCAUAACCUGGAUGACUGUAGGCUUAACCGAGUCUGUUGCCAUAAUAACACUUAACCUCUGUACGAUAAUUGCUUUUAUAAGAGACCGUCGUCUCCGCAAACGUAGCACGUACCUGGUGAUAAAUGUGGCAGUUACAGAUUUGUUGGCUGGAGGGGUUCCUGUGUAUGUUCUGUUCUAUGGGUUUGGAGCAAUAUGUAAUGUAUGGAAGGGGCAUUCAAGUGUAUAUUUGGCAGAUUAUAAAGUAACAAGACUACUUAUUGUUUUUCCUGUACUUCCAACAGUAAUACGAAAAGGACAGAGCUUUGAGAUGCUGUCUUUAUCUGACUGCAUACCCUGGAUGACUUUAGGCUUAGCCGAGUCUGUCGCUAUAGUAACACUCAACCUCUGUACGAUAAUUGUGUUUAUAAGAAACCGUAAUCUCCGCAAGCGUAGCAUGUACCUGGUGAUAAAUUUGGCAGUUAUAGAUAUGUUUGUUGCAGGAGUUGCUGUGUAUGUUCUGUUCUAUCGGUCUGGGGUAAACUGUAAUCUCUGGAAGUGGCAUUCAUUUGAAGUUCGGACAGUUACAAUGGUACUAGGCACGUUAUUCGUCUUUGGUUCGUUAAUAAAUAUCGCCAUCAUCGCUUUAGAACGGGUGCACGCGACAUUCUUCCCCUUUAGGCAUCGUGUGCUAAAAAAAUGGGUAUAUCAAUUAAUAAUUGCCGCUGUUUGGGUUUCAUCUGGGUUGGUAACAAUAGCUUAUACGCUUCUCGCAGAGUUUGAUGAAAUCUAUUACAGUGAUUACUUCUAUUGUACAUUUCAUUUAAUUUGCCUUUUGAUUAUUUGUGUUUCUUACACGUCCAUUGUUAUUAAAGUCCGUUGUGGAGCGCAACCUCAACACUAUGGUGCAACCAGUAGAGAAAGAAAACUGACCAUGACAUUGUUGAUUGUGACUGUUGUAUCUCUUUUGUUGUACGUGCCAUAUGUUGCCGCUUUAAUUAGCAAACUUAAAAUAUUGCAGUCUGUGUCCUUUUCAGUGGUUUUUCAUAUAAAUUGUGCAUUGUUGGUUUUAUUUUAUGCAAACUCUNUUUGGCAGAUUAUAAAGUAA